CCGCCGUUAAAGACGACAGAAGCAGAACAACAUGGCAACACUUCGGUGGGGCUUUUUAAGACUUUAGCAUUAAAUCGUUGCCUUUUCGCGGAACAAUAUAAAUGUGUAUAUAUGUUAACGGACUCUUUGUGGAGUUAUGACACUAAAUGGAAUGUAUCUGUCGAGUUAGCCGAUGAGUUUCACUCCUACACUCGGAGUGUUGUGUUGAUUAGCCUUUAUACAGUUAGCUAGCCAGUUAGCUGUUAGCCUACUUUAGCUUCGAGAUGGGACGAGGAGAGGGACCGACCCGGGGCCGACCCCCGAUGUGCCCGCCGGGUAAUGACGGACCUCCGUUCGACAUGGGUCCUCCGGGUUGGGGUCCUCCGCCACCGGGAUGCUGGGGCCCUCCGCCACCCGGUGGAUGGCCAAUGCCACCCGAUGAAUGGGGGCCACCGCCGUCCGGAGGAUGGGGGCCACCGCAGUCCGGAGGAUGGGGGCCAAGAGAGCAUCCGCCGCGCGGCUGGGGACCAGGACCACCAUCAACGCCGCCGGGCUGGGGGCACCAUCCCGACGACUGGCUGCCUCCUCUUCACAUCGACGACUUUAGACGGCCUUACCCCGAUGACUGGAGACCCCCUCACCCUGAAGACUGGAGACCCCCUUACCCUGACGACUGGAGACCUCCGCCUGGCUGGGGACCCCCCGGCUGGGGUCCAGAACGUCCCCCUGACCCGUGGGGACCCGAGCCUCUCCCCCCCGGACCUGUACCACCAGUACCCCCUCCAGACCCCGCAGCCUACGGGCCGGUGCCCAUACCUCCUCUCCCCCCUCCGGGGCCUCCGCAGGGGUUCCCGGUCUACCCUCCUCCAGGCUGGGUAGCAGAGGCCGUCGUGGAGGAGGCGAUGCCCAACCCGCCGCCUGACCAGCCAGAGUGGAUUAAAGCGCUGAUUUCAGCUCCGGUCUCUGACUCGACUCCGGGGGAAACUAAAUUCCCGUCUGAGGAGCCGGACGUCAAUAAAGCCGCUGAGCCCGCCCCCCCGAAACCCAAACCUGACCCCACCAAGACCGCCAGAGCCCUCGGCCUGCUGGGAAAACGCACAUUUGAUAAGCCUCCGCCCGGCCGCUCCACCGGCAUCAUCUCAUUCAUCGGGCCGAGCUUUGGCUACGUGGAGAGAGAAGAUCUGGAGAAGUUCACCUUCAGCUUCGCCGCCUUCUUUGGAAACCCCAAAGCCAUGACGCCCGGGGUCAGAGUUCACUUCACCGCCUGCAGGGAGAAGCAGAACAGUCUGAUAGCGACGGAUGUGAAAGUGGCUCCGGGAGGGACGGAGAACGUGGACACGGAGAUCUACGAGGCGGCCGUCAGUCAGCCCGUCCUGGAGCCUCAGCCCGGCGAGCGGCAGUACCCGGGUCAGGUCCACGUGGACAUCAGGGGGCUGCGGACCAGCCUGACAUUCGACAGGAAAGACAGCACGGUGACGCUGCUGAAGAACGACCAGGUGCUCAUCAACCUGCUGACGGACAUCGUAUCGGAGAAGAGGAGAGCCACCAACAUCAAACCCAAAAUCCCCUCCACCUUCAGCUACACCGACGAGAGCCGAGAGCAGGGAGUCAUCGUCAGCCUGACAGACAGCGAAGGCGUCAUCACGUGUGACGCACACGGCGAGCUCCCCUUCGACAUCAAAGAGAACUUCAGCGACGUGGAGUUCACAGCCGAGGACGUGAAGGAGGAGGUGGAGUUCACCAUCCUCGCGCUGAGGGGGGGGAAGCAGGCGAUCCGGAUCCGGCGGGUGAAGGAGCCUCUCCUCCUGACGCUCUCUGCCGCCACCGCCGCCGCCGUUGAGGAAGCCAGCGCCCAGAUGGACGGUGGUGACGAAGACUCCUCGUCGCUCACGGGGAGAGCCAGCAUCAGGCCGGAGGUCGGGGGCAACAUGCUGCUGGACCCGGAGCUGUACGAGGGCAUCGUCAGUCAGCCCAUCAUCGAGCCCACGCCCAACAUGCAGGGUUACCCGGGUCAGAUCCACGCCAACAUCGGCCCGGUCAAAACCAACGUGACCUUCGACCACCGGGACUGCGGCGUCACGCUGCUGAAGAAUGACCACGUGCUCAUCAACCUGCUGGUGGACCUGGUGACCAGAAAGAGGAGGGCGGCCAACAUCAAACCCAAAAUCCCCUUCACCUUCACCUACACCAAGGAGAGGAGGGAGCAGGGCAUCAUCACCUUCCUGGGUCCUCAGGAAGGAAUAAUCAGCAACAAGGAGCACGGAGAGAUCCCCUUCGACGUCUCUGAGAACUUCAGCGAAGUGAAGUUCAACAGCAGCGACAUCCACAAAGAGGUGGAGUUCACCGUGAUGCAGGUGAAAUCAGGGAAGAGGGCGAUCAGGCUGAUGAGGCCGAAGAGGAGGGUGGAGGACCAGAUCCUGGAGGAGCAGAAGAGACGGGAGGAGGAGGAGAAGAGGAAGAGGAAGGAGGAAGAGGAGAGGAGGAAGCGGGAAGAGGAGGAGAGGAGGAGGAGGGAGGAGGAGCUGGAGAAGCGACGGAGAGAGGUGGAGAAGAAGAAGAGAGAAGAGGUGUCGGUGGCGCUGGCGGCGGCCAAAUGCAAAUGGACGCCGCUUGGCUUCAAGAUGAGAACGCCUGACUCGCUGCUCGACAUCAGCAAGGAGCGCUUCCAAGGCACCGUCCUCAAAGCCAUCUCCAAAUACCCACGGAAGGAGAUCAAGAAGGAGCCUGAGGACAGGAAGCAGGAAGCACAGGUCAGAAUUAAAGAGGAGACAAUGGAUGAAGAGGAGGGAAAGAUGGAGAUGAAGGAGGACGAGGAGGAGGAGAUGAGGAAGCAGUUGGUACAGGCUGGAGGCGCCGCGCUGAAGGUGGACCCCAACACGGGCCGCCUGGUGAUGACCAUCGAGGGGGAACAGAAGCAGCUUCCCUUCGGCCCCGAUGACCUCCUGAGCACCGCCACCAUGCUGGACGGAGACAAGGUGCGCUUCAACAUCGCCACCCAUCAGGAGACAAGAAAGGAGCGAGCUACCUUCGUGGAGAUCCUCCCCGACUCCUUCGAGGAGUCCAUCGAACAGCGUCGACACGGCAUCGUCAUCGAGUACUCGCACGCCAGCGGCCUCAUCAAGUGCUCCCAGAAUCCUCAGCUGUACUUCCACAUGUCCGAGGUCAUCGAGAAGAAGAGGCUGGAACUCAACGAGAAGGUCGAGUUCAGCGUUGUCCCGCAUGAGACGGCGGGGGGGGGGAACCAGGCCAUCAGGAUAAAGCGUUUCACUGAGAGUGUUUUCCUGCACGUCCGGAAGUUGGGCGUUGUCGGAGGAACCAGAGGAAAGAUGACCAUCAAGCUGGCUAAAGCUUCAGAAGACACUGAGAAAGAAAAACCAGAGACAGACAAGUUGAAGGCGGUGGUGAAAAAUCUUCGAACGCAGGACAGCAAGAGCGGGAUCAGCAGAAAGGAUUACGGUGCCACGCGGCGUAGAUACGGCAGGAGCAGGAGUCCAAGCAGGAGUAGGGCCAGAACUAGGAGUAAAAGCAGGAGUCCAUGUAGGAAUAGGGCAAGGAGUAGUAGCAGGAGUCCACCGAGAGACCAGUUUGGACGUCUCAUCAAAAAGAGACGCAGCACCAGCGUUGACCGUGAUCGUAAAAGCAGCAGGUUCAAGCGAAGCCAAAGCCGAGAGGCAAAGCCGAACAGGCGCUCAAAGAGUCGCAGCAGAAGCAAGAGCUCCAGUAGGAGUCGAAGCAGGGACAGAAGCAAGGAGUUGGCCAUCAAGAAGAGGAACAUGAUCAGCAGAGAGCGCGAAGAAAGUCACAAGAGGAGGAGGGAGGUAAGCCCUCCUCCCCGACGUGGUGGAGUUGUGGACGACGAGCUGGCAAGGAAGAAGCGGGAACUGGAGGAGCUGAACGACAUGAUUGCCUACAAAAAGUCGCUGGUGGAUAUAGACCCUGGACAGAGGACCUGCAUAGACUACGACCACGGCAGAAUCUCCGUUCCACUCACUGAGUACAAACCAGUCCGGUCCAUCCUGAAGAAACGACCAGAGGGACCCGAUUACCAGCAUCGUCCUCCUCAGCCCUACGACGAUCCUUAUUAUGACCGACCAUACAGUCCUUACCAAGAUCGGCGUUAUAGUGAGCGCUACACUGAUUCGUACGGCAGUUGUUCCUACCCUGACCGCCCUUAUGAAGAGCGUCCCUACAGUGGCCGCCCUCGUGUCUAUGGCGAACCUUCCUAUGGUGUCCCUCCGUCAGCCAGCCAACGUUACACCGACCGCUACGAUGUUUAUGAUGAACCCUAUGAUGAUCGCUACUACGACCCGGCAUACGCGGAUCGACCUUACGAUGAUCCGUAUUGCCCUGUCAAACGGAGCCAGUCUCUAGAACCCCACGAUCCCUCACCAUCACCUUCUUCUCAGUCCGGCCAACUUCCUGCUGCCUCCACCCAACCUCUGGCUGCCACUUCAUCUUCCCAACACCCUUACAGACCUCCUUCUCCUCCAGAACCGCUUCCUAGAAGCCCCUCUCCCAAACUCAAGACCCCAACACCACGCCCGGCACCUCCAGUUGUGAAACAACCCCUUGAUCGCUUCCUUGACAUGCUUAAUAAAAAGGUGGAUGUUGUAAAGCAACCAGAACCGGUUCAUGUGACUGAUGAUCUUCUGCCUCAUGAGCGGGCACUUCAAGAUGGCAGGGGUUUCUCUCGGAUUGUAGGAAUGGCUCAAGAGCAACCCUGCAGCCGUCCAGCUCUAGAAGAGAAAAAGACACAGCUGAGCCCGAAGAGGUCCUCAGUAGAGAGAGCAAGUGAGGAUCCAAAUAAGACGGAACCCUACGACAAGAUCCAAAGUCUGCUCCGUACGAUUGGCCUGAAGCUGAGUACGCGAGAAAUGUCCAAAAUACAAAUUUACAGCCCAAAGUCCUCAUCAACAGAAAGAGAGACUAUGUCAUCCUCAAGGGAAGCACGGCAAACAAAUAGAACCGGAUCCUUCGAAUCCGAUCACAUCCAUUCCCCCUUGCCUGCCAGGUCCUCCAGUUUGGAGCCACUCAGCCGAACUAAAGCGCUCUCGGAGUAUGAAGGAUUCCUGGACCAGCAGGAGUUGGAGGCUCUGAAGAAGGCGCAACAGCUGCAGAGUCUUACCAAGACACUGGGGAGCACACACUCCCCUACUCCUCCUCCUGGGCCUCCGCCUGCCCACUGGUCCCUUGGAGUCACUACCCAGAUUCCCCUAGAGCAGAGCGCCACAACCCUCAUCAUGGGAACUUCAGCUCCUCAUGCAGCUGGUCAACCACCCCAGAGAUUUGGAGUACCUGCAGGACCUUCCUCUGGACCUCCUCCAUGGCGUCCUGCACAGCCUCCUCCAGGACCGCCUCCUGGACCUCCACCCCGGCGCCCUCCCGGACAACCUCCAUUUGCUCCACCCUCCAGUCAUCCAGUCUUUCCUUUUAUUGGCCAGCCUCUUGCAGAUCCACCCCUAAUCUCUUCCAGUCCUUUGCAGCCUUUAACCACUACCACGGAAUCGGCACCAUCAUCAACACCUGCAUCAUCGAGUCCUGCUGACGAUAAUGAAACUACCAUCUCUACGACGGUGGCCAGAUGCCUGAAGGUCAUAGAGACGGUGAAGUCUCUGGCUGUGCAGCCACCGGCCAAACCGGUGAAAUCGGUGCAGUUCAGUUUACCCACAGUCUCUCCAUCAGCCUCCAGCUCCCAGACCUCAACAGAUGAUGACAUAAAGAACAAGCAGAAGGAGAAGCUGGAUUUGUAUAACCAGAGGGUUUCGGAGAAGAGGGAGCAGCAGUACAAGGAUUGGCUGAACCGCAGGAAAGAGUGUUUAGAGUGGAAGGAUGGCCAGCCGGUCUUCCCAGGCAUCCCGAACGCCAGCGAGCCGAAGAAUGUUUGGAUCUGCGGCCAUUCGCUGGUGUACUGGGCCGAGUCGCGGGCCAAGUCUCCGGAGGUAGGUAUGCAGCUGGGCAUGGACCCCGGCAAGGUGACCAUCGGGUGGAAAGGCACCCAGGGCAUGACGUGGUCGCAGCUGCUGCCCCAGCUCCACCAGCUGAAGGUCACCUGGCCCAACCCGGACGUCCUCAUCAUGCACCUGGGCGGCAACGACCUGAGCACCGACAGCCCCACCGACCUGCUGGCCUCCGUCAAGAAGGACCUGACCUCCAUGCGCAGCAUCUUCCCGCAGUGCGUCCUCGUGUGGUCCAACAUCCUCCCCCGCAGGGUGUGGCGCCACUCGGCCGACAACCACGAGGUCGAUCUGGUGCGCACCACGGUGAACCGCAGGAUCCAGAACAUCAUCGCCGAGCUGGGCGGCACCUCGCUGACCCACGACAACAUCAGGUGCGGCGCCAACACGGGCCUGUACCGCGCCGACGGCGUGCAUCUGUCGCCUAAAGGCAUCGACGUGUUCAACUUGAACCUGCAGGACUUCCUGGAGAAGUGGGAGAUGGAGCUGACGUAGAGAAAAGUUGAGGUGCAUCAAGUAUUUAUUUCAUUUCUCAAAGCAUCCAAUGAAGUUUUAACUUGCCGCACCUUCAGGAUACAAUAAACUCAGAAUCAACUGAUC